AAUAUGGCGGUUGACGUACGCAGAAACGUAUAGACGUAAGUAAACGAUUCGACUUGGGUAUUUUGUGACGUUAAAGACACUAUAGUCGUGUUUGUUAGUAAGAAGUGGACGUCUCUUAUAUAUAUUAAUAACUCGGUAUAUUCAUUCAACGUAUUUAUACAAAAUAAUUGGUAAAAAUUUACGGAGAACCUACGCUUUCCUACUAUUACGUAAUACUCGUGUUUUGGUAAACGAAGAGGAGGUAUAGACACGCAUUGAUUGAAUGGAAUGGCUACGGCUUCGCCGUACGCUAUGCUAAGCUGUACAUUGUGCCAACGUUGGGAAAGUAUAAGGAUUUUAGAAUGUCAGCAUAAAGUCUGCUUGAACUGCCUUAAGGACGAUGCGAAAUGUCCAAAAUGUAACGCUCCACUCGACACUGACUUUGAACCAUUUAACCUGAGCGCCAUCGAAGAAGAGUUUAAAAGUUUUUUCACCGAAACAACUAAUUCGUUUUGUUCAUCUGGAGACGGAGCGGAGGCGAGUUACCGCUGCGAGGAAUGUUGUGAGAAUUUGUGCUCUUCUUGCUUGUCAGCCCACCAAAGGGUACGGUUGACUAAAGAUCAUUCUAUACUACCAUUAUCUCCGCCACCCUUUAAAAGCGACCCAAAAUUACAUAGAAGACUUCGAGACGAAAUAGACAACUUUGAACAAGCUAUUAUUCAGGUUCAGAAAACGGCUGAUUGCAUCCAGAGACGAGCCGUGGCAGUAUCAAAUGACGUUCAUGGGAAAGCAUGUCAUUUUAUAGGCCUGAUCGAAGAGCGGGAGCGUGAGCUACUGAGGCAAAUUGAUAAUAUCCGUAAUUGUAAAGUGGAUACACUUUAUAAGCAGUUGGAUAGCCUAAAAGCCAUAUGCCUACAGCGGAAGUAUCAACUCUCUCAAUUGGAAAGAGGCGCCGAUAUCGACUACAACAUUGUUACCUAUCCCACUGAACCGUAUGAAGACGAUGUAAUAACCUUUUCACCUCCAGACGUUCAUCUGUUUGAUAUAGAACAAAAACUUGGUAGAGUAUCAAGUUCUGCCUGUGCUACUCUAUGCUAUGCUUCGGGCGAUGGUUGCAGGUGUGCUGUCGUCGCUAAAGUCGCUGUCUUCUUCAUACACGCUGUCGAUCAUAACGGUCAAAGUAGAAUGGGUGGAGGCGAUCCUUUUACCGUAAUCGUUAAGAAUGCAGCCGAAUCUCAGGUUCUUCCUAGCCAAAUUGUCGACCGACUAAACGGAAAUUACGUAGUCAGCUACACACCAAAUGUGGAAGGAAUCUGUCGAAUAUAUGUCACACUUAGAGGCAGAAGUAUAAAAAAUUCGCCAUUUACUGUUACUAUUCGGUCAAGCCGAAAUUAUGCUUCCAUAUCACGCGCCAAAUAUAUAUUUAGUCAGGAGGGAGAUGGCGAAGGUCAACUAUCCAGACCAUGGGGAGUUUGCACUAACAAGGACGGUUUCGUAAUUAUUGCGGAUCGCUCAAACAAUCGAAUUCAAAUUUUCGAUUCGCGGGGGAAAUUUAUGAAGGCAUUUGGAAGUUUGGGAUCAAGACCCGGCCAACUUGACAGACCCGCAGGUGUCGCUUGUAAUUCUCGAAAUGAGAUUAUCGUCGCCGACAAAGACAAUCAUAGAAUUCAAGUUUUCGAUCAGAAUGGUCGUUGGCUGAAUGGAUGGGGCGAGAAGGGUUCAAAACCCGGCCAAUUCAACUACCCGUGGGAUGUUGCUGUAAAUGAUAAAUCAGUAAUAGCCGUUUCAGAUACAAGGAAUCAUAGAAUUCAAUUAUUUUCUAUGGACGGUAGAUUUCUUACAAAGUAUGGGUCCGACUCAACUAUUGGUGCUUGGCGCCACUUUGAUUCGCCCCGCGGCGUUUCCUUCCUACCGAAUGGACAUCUAGUUGUUACAGAGUUCAAUAGUCACUGCUUGCUAAUUAUUAAAGACAGUAUGUCGGCUGCUCACGUCCAUGGUCAAGAAGGAUCUGGUGCAGGUCAAUUACUAAGGCCUCAGGGAGUCGCCUGUGAUUUCGAAGGGAAUAUUAUAGUUGCCGAUUCUCGAAAUCAUAGGAUACAGGUAUUCAAUACCUCAGGCAAUCUGAUUGCAAGAUGGGGAACAUUCGGCCAUGAAUCUGGUCAAUUUGAUAGACCAUCCGGUGUGUGUAUUGGACCUGAUGGAACGAUUUUCGUUGUUGAUUUCGGAAAUAAUCGAAUUCAAGCUUUCUAA